UCGGGGAAUGACAAGAAGGCUCGACUCUUGUAUUGCAAAAGCCACGUCUCUAUCCAUCCGACCAGUCUAUCCAAGGACAACAUUAAGGGCUACUUGGGCGUAGUAGAGGUCGACGCUCCCGGCGCAAGCACGGUGGACAGCGAGGGGAACGUCUCGGGUGGGAGCACGGGCGGGAAGGAGUUGCUCGUGACCUGGGUGCCGGAGGAGGUGGUGCAGCGGAUGGACGAGGGAGACCGGGCUGGGUAUCAAAAGGGUGCGGCGCUCUGGCUCGUCAAUCCGUCAAAGUCGGACCGUGAAGUCCACGAGGCCGGCUACGAUGAGAUACCGGUUGCGAAACCAGCAGCAGCAAUACAGGCUGCUAGAGCUACCGCUGCCUCUACUGCCGCUUUCGCACCCAACUACCCUCCGGUCGCUCAGUUCCCAUCAUCGCCUAUGUCGACUGCCUCCCCAAGGCAGACCCUCAUGAUGGGUUUAAGCAACCUCACCAACUUCACCCGGAAAGCCGCACAGGAGGUCCUCAACCACCCUCUGGCCCAGCCGGUUGUCCCACACCUACCGCCAGCCGUCCGCUCAAUGGUCAAUGUACACGGCGAGGGCGUCGGUCCCGGUCGCCGCAGUCCCGAAAUCCGCGCUGGCAGCAAGGGCAAAAACAACGAUGUUGCCUCGGAGUUUGAGAGCGCCCGGCUAUACCUGGCCCGUUGGGCUCGAGUCGUCGCGGAGGAAGGCGAGCGGGCCAGAAAGCAGGAAGUAGCGAGGCGAGCCACCCUUGGCGGAGAGUCAGGGGAGGAGAGCCUCGCUGGAUCUCUGGGCGUCUUUUCGCUGCUCAGUCCGGGGUCGAAGAAACCUGUUCCAGCGCCGACUCGAAAGCCGGAUGAGCCGAUCUCAGCGCGCGACUGGGACUCUUUCGCCGCGCAAGGGAGGGAUGAGCUGUUCGUCCGCCGCGAGAUUUUCAGGCGGGGCUUUGCGACAAGCGAAGAGCCCGAGGAGAUGCGCGCAAGGAGAGAAGCAUGGGAGGUGCUGCUCGAUAUCGUCAAGUGGGAUGUGGGGGAUCUGGGAGUGGGAGAAGCAGGAAAAGCGACGCGUAAAACUGAAAGAGAAAAGGCGAGGGGACGCAAGAGAGCCGAGUAUGAGGACUUGAAGCGAAAAUGGAGGACCGAGGUGGAUGAGCGGAAAGGAGGUGGAGAGGCAUGGAGGGAAGAGUGGCAUCGGAUCGACGUGGACUGUAGGCGGACAGACAGGAACCAGAAGAUCUUUGCGGUACCUGCCGAAGCCAAGCAGUCUGGGAGCGAGGAGAAGGAGGGAGGAGGGGCGGGGUCGGGGUCGGUGGGAUGGGAUGGCAAGGGAGAGGAAGAAGAGGGCGGAAAGGCGGCACUGAAUCCUCACAUCGCCGCUCUUCGCACCAUCUUGAUGACAUAUCAUACCUAUGCGCCGGAAUUGGGAUACGUUCAGGGCAUGUCGGAUCUUCUCGCGCCGAUUUAUGUGGUAUUCGAGGCGAAUGAAGCGGACGCAUUCUGGGGCUUAGUGGGGCUCAUGGAGAUGAUGGAAAGCAAUUUCCUCCGGGAUCAAAGCGGAAUGAAGCGACAGCUCUCCACCCUCCAGAAGCUCAUCGGCGUGAUGGAUCCGGAGCUUUACGAUCACCUCAACCGGACCGGCUCACUGAACCUCUUCUUCUGCUUCCGCUGGAUCCUCAUCUCCUUCAAGCGGGAGUUUGCCUUCCCGCAGGUCAUCCGGCUCUGGGAGGUCAUUUGGACCAACUACUAUUCCGACCAAUUCAACCUCUUUGUCGCGCUCGCAAUCUUGCAGAGCCACCGGGAUGUGCUCAUCCGGUACUUGAAGGAGUUUGACGAGGUCUUGAAGUACGCAAACGAUCUCAGCGGAUCGAUUGACCUAGAUACCACGCUCGCCCAAGCGGAAGUCCUGUUCCUCGUCUUCCGCGGCCUCGUUGAAGAUCUCGACAAAGACCUCGAAAUCACCUCACGCUCAGCAGGGACCAGCACCGAUCCCAACAUAGGUGUAGGGAUCCGAAAGCGCCGAGGAAGCGGAAUCAGUAUUCGCUCAGACAAGGGAGAUGAGGUGGUGAAGGGUGGGGAUGUCGCGGAAUUACGGGGACUCGUCAAGGGCUGGGGACAGGAAGUGAGGGCGGAGGAAGAUAUGGAGGUGGUUUUGAGCUUGUCGAGGAGGGGAAGCUCGGCGGGGCUGGCGAGUAUGGGGAAGGGGGAGCCGAGUCCGAAGAUGCGGGAUCUGCCGAGGCAGGAGGUGUAUAUGAUGCCGAUGUGA